UUCGAAUAAUAAGAAUGGCUUAUUAAAAUUUAUUAGAUUAUAUUCAGCGACGCCAGUUAAUAGGUUAGCUACAGUAAGCUAUGACACAGAACCUGUAACAAAACCGCAUUUAGCCGCUGAUAUAUCAAUGUAUGCUGAUGGUCAUGUGAGAAACGAUUGGACAAAACAUGAAAUCAAGUCUAUUUAUGAUUCACCCAUAAUGAAUCUUUUAUAUUAUGGCGCAAAAGUACAUCGGAAAAAUCAUGAUCCACUUGCCGUGCAGCAGUGCACGCUCUUAAGUAUCAAAACUGGUGGAUGUUCUGAAGAUUGUGCAUACUGCCCGCAAUCUUCUAAAUACAAAACUACAAUCAAGGCUACAAAGUUAUUAGAGGCAGAUGAUGUUCUUGUUGCAGCUAGGAACGCGAAAAAAGCUGGUAGUACCAGGUUUUGUAUGGGUGCCGCUUGGCGUGACCUUAAUGGUAGAAAAUCCAAUUUUAACAAGAUUUUAGGAUAUGUAAAAGAAAUUAGGGCAAUGGACAUGGAAGUUUGUUGCACUUUGGGUAUGUUGGAUGAAAUCCAAGCCAAAGCUUUGAAAGAUGCUGGUUUAACUGCUUAUAAUCAUAACUUGGACACAUCUCGAGAAUAUUAUCCUAAGAUAAUAACCACUCGAUCUUAUGAUGAACGACUUGAAACCAUUUCAAAUGUUCAAAAUGCUGGUAUUUCUGUUUGUUCAGGAGGUAUCAUUGGGUUAGGUGAAACGUCUGAGGAUCGCGUAAAUAUGUUACACACCUUGGCAACGUUUGCACUGCAUCCCGAGAGUGUGCCUAUUAAUGCGCUUGUGCAAGUUGAGGGUACACCAUUGGAAAAACAGGAGCCUGUUUCUAUCUGGGAAAUGAUUCGAAUGAUCGCGACAGCGCGAAUCAUCAUGCCUAAAUCGAUGAUAAGAUUAUCUGCUGGACGUAUACGAUUCUCACAACCUGAUCAAGCUCUAUGCUUCCUUGCUGGUGCAAAUUCUAUUUUUACCGGUGAUAAAUUAUUAACUACAGAUAAUAAUGAUUAUAAUUCAGAUCAAGAAAUGUUCGAAAUUCUAGGUCUUAAACCAAAAGCUGCAAAUUUCAAUCAAGGUUCUUCCCCGAUGAUUAGUGAAAAUCAAAACCCUGAGUCUAAACAAUCUGAUAAUAAGCAGCAUCAACAUGAGUUCUAG